AUGAUACUCGGACCGGUAUCGCUGCUGGACUGCCUGGUCUUCGUCAUCUUCCUGGUGCCGCAGCUGCUAUGGAACGUCGGAUUCUUCCAGACGGUGUUGGUAGCACUGAAGACGUGCCCGUUCCUCCUCGUGGAGCUGCCUACGGGGUUGGUCCGCGAGCGGUUGUUGACGAGGCGCGAGGAUCAGUCGCCCUUCGUGCAGCGGGCGAGUCUGUUCGAGGACCUGGUCAUCCGAUGCGUGCGCUACGCCUUCGCGAACCUGCCCACCAACAUCGGCAGGGUCUUCUUCUCAAAAUACAUCUCACUGCCGUUCCUACGGUUCCGCAUGCUGCGUCAUGGGUACAUCAGAGCACCGGUCAGCUGGAGUGAGUACAAGCACUCUGGUCGCCAUGGAUUUCGGGGGAUAUGGAUCAACAAGGAUGCGUCGAAAGCGCCCGAUGUCGUCGUCUACUAUGCCCACGGCGGCGGAUUCGCAAUGGGCUCUGCCUACUUUUACCUCGAGUUUCUUCUGUCGUGGCACGCGCUGCUCGUCGAAUCAGGCUACCAGAACCCGGCCAUCUUUGCUCUCGAAUACACGCUCGUGCCGGAUCAAAAGUACCCUACACAGGUGUACGAGACGUUAAGGGGCUACAAACACGUGCUGUCCAUUGCUGGUGACCCGCGAAAGGUGGUUGUGGCAGGGGACUCGGCCGGAGGGACGUUGAUGUUGACGCUGCUGCUGGAGCUAGGGCGCAUGAACGAGGCGAGGGCGUUCAGGGAAAAGAGCGACGAUUCUGCCACAGAUGAGGAGAGACAGCAAACGCUCCGCCAAAUGUCCGAAUCGCCGCCCCCGGGUCUCUGCGUGUUAAUCUCGCCGUGGGCGAAGCUGAUAUCAAACAAACACGAAAACACGGAAAGCGAUUACCUGAACCGCGAUACGCUGUGGAGAUAUGCGAUGCAGUACGCCGGAUGCGCGCAGGCGGACCAAACGGCGUCGCCUGGAUUGUGUGUCGAUCAACGGGUGUGGGCGGAAGCCAGCCCGCCGUGCGGCUUCUUCAUCACAUACGGGGCCGAGGAAGUGUUUGCGCCGGACAUCAGGGACCUGAUUAAGGUGCUGGUGAAGUGUACCGAGGUAGACAGCCGCAGCGAGGAUGGCGGCAUUCACGCGUGGCCCGUGGUGUCGCUCUUCCUGUCAAGUACCGAAGACAAGAGACUGAAGGGUCUGCGAACAUUAACGUCAGCCAUACGGCAACAUAUCCAGUAA